UCACAUCCUUCCCGUGGUGCUUAGCGAACCCAAAUUGAACGAUCGGCAAAAGAAAACAUUUGUAUCUUAUAUGCCCUGUUUUUAAGAGUAAAACGGCACAAAACUAAACGUUUCAACUGGAACCGACGCUGUGAAGAAAAAUAAUUCAACGGUGCGUAAGGGGAAGAGCUUUUCGGGGCACAGAAGGCAUCAUGGAUCAAGACUAUGAGUGCAGGCUGCUCAGGCAGAUUAAUAUUCAAAAUGAGAAUGCAAGCCCCAUAAAAGCUGUAGGAGCAGUGCGAGCUCUGACACCCACCAGCUCCCCCCUGUCCUCCCCUAGCAAGCACGGCGAUCGCUUCAUUCCCUCCCGGGCCGGAGCCAACUGGAGCGUUAAUUUCCACCGCAUCAAUGAAAUUGAAAAGUCGCACAAUCAAAAUAGGAAAACCAAAGAUGGCACGACAGACAGCAACAAAGCGGACGGUUUGGCUUACUCGGCGCUGCUGAAGAACGAGCUGCUAGGAGCUGGUAUCGAGAAAGUCCAGGACCCCCAGUCAGAAGACCGCCGUCUGCUGCCAUCUACUCCUGCCAAGAGGAGCCUCUUUAGUUACUCUGUGAGUACUAAGAGGGCUCUGCCAGAAGAGGAUGGAAACACAGUAUCUCCAUAUUCUCUAUCACCUGUCAGUAGCAACAGCCAGAAACUGCUACGGUCACCAAGGAAACCUACACGCAAAAUAUCUAAAAUCCCUUUCAAAGUUCUGGAUGCUCCAGAGCUACAGGAUGACUUCUACCUCAACCUAGUGGACUGGUCCUCUCUGAAUGUGCUCAGUGUUGGACUAGGCACCUGCGUCUACCUGUGGAGUGCCUGCACCAGCCAGGUGACACGUCUAUGUGACCUUUCUGUAGAGGGAGAUUCAGUAACGUCAGUGGGCUGGUCAGAGAGGGGUAACCUGGUGGCGGUGGGGACUCAUAAAGGCUAUGUACAGAUCUGGGAUGCAGCAGCAGGGAAGAAGCUGUCUGUACUAGAAGGACACACAGCCAGAGUGGGUGCGUUGGCAUGGAAUGCGGACCAGCUGUCGUCUGGGAGCCGUGAUCGGGUGAUCCUGCAGAGGGACAUCAGAGCCCCGCCUCUCCAGUCCGAGCGCCGUCUCCAAGGACACAGACAGGAAGUCUGCGGGCUCAAGUGGAGUACAGACCACCAACUGCUCGCCUCUGGUGGAAAUGAUAACAAGCUGCUUGUGUGGAAUCAUUCGAGUGUCCUCCCGGUGCAGCAGUACACGGAGCAUUUGGCUGCAGUGAAGGCAAUCGCCUGGUCCCCCCACCAGCAUGGCCUGCUGGCCUCUGGAGGCGGCACCGCCGACCGCUGCAUCCGUUUCUGGAACACUCUGACGGGCCAGCCGCUGCAGUGCACUGACACUGGCUCUCAAGUCUGCAACCUGGCCUGGUCCAAGCACACUAAUGAACUGGUCAGCACACACGGUUAUUCCCAGAACCAGAUCCUGGUGUGGAAGUAUCCCUCUCUAACUCAAGUGGCCAAACUUACAGGACAUUCCUACAGAGUACUCUACCUGGCCAUGUCACCUGAUGGAGAGGCUAUCGUGACGGGGGCUGGAGAUGAAACACUUCGUUUCUGGAACGUCUUUAGCAAGAUGAGAUCCACAAAGGAAUCUGUGUCAGUGCUGAACCUCUUCACAAGAAUCCGGUAGUCAAGCUCUCCUCUGUACUACGAGGGAAUAAAGCCGGGAAGGGAAUCUCUCUCUAUCUCUGCAUGUGUCAAGCUGUAAAUGGGCCCCUUCUUUGAGUAUUCACCUCAGUAGUCUACAGAGGUCCCCCCCCCCCCAAUCAAUUGCCCUUAGUUUAUUUAGCCAAGUUGUAGCUGGGAGAAACAGGAGAGAUGCACAGCCUGAGUGUCGAGGGCAGAGAACAUGCGUACAGUACAUACAGUAUUCCACCUCCUCCUGAAUGAUGACGGAGCCACUGCCACCAGAGAUCUCUGAUGGCGAAGAGAAAUUGGGGCGUUAUUCCCCCAUGUGAUUAUGUUUUGUUUACAGAUUGACAUUGUGCAUACCUGCCAAAUAUUGUUUGUCCUUUUGAUUGUUUAUUUAUUUUAUUUAGUUUUUCUCCUUUUUUUUUUUUUUUUUUUUUUUUUUUACACAUUUUUAACUCCUAUUCUUACUAGUGUGUUUGUUUUGAAGGCUGGUAGAUUUCCUUUUAUUUCAUGUGUAACUGCAGUUUUUGGUCUGAUCCGUGGAGUAUGUUUGGCUUUGUUCAAGUUUGCAGAAAAAUCCAAGCUUGUCUUUUUGUAUUUUACUGAGAGACAAUAAUGUUUCAUGUACACUGAUAACAGACUGCAUAACCCUGUGCCAUUUCCAGAACCUUUAAUGGUUAACAAGGACUGGAUGAAUGGGCCUGAUCUCCUUUUUUUAAAAUAUGACAUUAAGUUAAUUUUACUCUAAUGAUAUUAAGCAGUAUUCGCAGAGAUUGUUUCAUCAUUUCUCAAGAGACGUUGGCACAAAAAUAACUCUUUGUCGACACUACAUAAGAACAGUUGCUUACAGAAAUAAUUCAGAUGAAAAUUAGAAGAUUUUAAUGGGACUUGUGUGAAAGCUUUUCACUCCUCUUGUUUCCGUUCUUUCUUAAAUGGAAAAUCAGGCAAAGAAAUUUAAAACCAAAACACUUUGGUCUAUCAGUGUAGUUUGUAACAGUAACUGAAGUACACAGAAAAAACAUCUGGGAUUAAAACAAUGCUCUUCUGUACAGAGUUUCUGCUUUGUGCUGCGUCUGCUAAGAUAUUCAAGCUUGGGGCACUUGUCUUUUGCUACUUCAGACCACAUGUGUGUUGAGCAGUCAUGCUAAUGUGAUUAUUAUCAUUUUUUUUAAUCUAGAAAAAAAAUCAUAUCAUCUGCAGCAUUUUGAUUUUCUUUUUUCCCCAUUUUGAAUGUUUGAGUCAACUAGUGUGCCACAUUUAAAUGAAUGCUAUUUAUUUGUGUUGUGAAAGAUUGUUGUACAGAGGUGGCGUGUUUGUUUACUAAUGUUAUCUGAGGGAAGCUGAUGGGCAGUUUCACUGCUAAACUCUGUGGAAAUUUCUUUAAAUGCCACUUCAAAAUCAAAACAAUGCUGCCAACUUGAAUUACAGAAAGAAUGUUAAAAAGAAAAAUAUUUCUGUACUGAGAGAUAAUCAACAAUUAAAUGACCAUAUCUUGUACCUUA